UUACCUCAUAAGUAUUUGAAUCUGUGAUAUGAUGAUUCCGAUCGAGAUGAUAAUAGAUCUUAUCUAAGCUUUGAUUUUUCAGUAAUGGGUAAUGUUACUGGAAGGAUAGAAGAGGCUGAAUCCUCUGAAACCAGCAAGCUAGAAGAAGAAGAAGAAUACAUGAUGGAGGAGUAUUCUGCACCUGCACCUGCACCUCCUUCUCUGUUUCAUGACUCGUCCAUACUGCAGUCCCCUGAACCUCAUAGCCCUAGGGCUUAUUAUUCUCCUUAUCUACAGUUGCCCUGCAAUGAGGAGGAUAUGGUGGCAGAGAAGGGAAUACCUACAAUGAUUAUAUGGAAUUAUGAUGGUGCUAAUCAUGUGGCAGUUGAAGGAUCAUGGGAUAACUGGACAAGAAGAGAAUGGCUGGUAAGAUCGGACAAAGACUUUGCCCUUUUGAAAGUCCUUCCUUCAGGGGUAUACCAUUAUCGAUUCCUAGUUGAUGGGUAUUGGAGAUGUUCUCCUGAUGUACCUCGCGAAUUCGAUGAUAUGGGAAACAUCUACAACGUCUUGGAUUUGCAGGAUCAUGUUACAACAGACAUCUGGAACAAUAUCAGCAGCUUGGGUUUAGACACACCUUCUUCUUCCCCGGAUUCAAGUUAUAACAAUGCUGCUUUCACAUUGGAAGAUUCAAACGAGAAAUUACCAGAAUUGCCUCCAUUAUUAUUGCAGCAAUCUCCAUUAAAGAAUGAUUCUGAGUCCCUGAAGAAACCUUUGCCUGCAAUUCUGAAUCAUCUACAUGUCCAGAAAAUGCCCACCGGUCAAUCUGUCUUAGCUCUUAGUACCACACAACGGUUUCACUCAAAGUUUGUGACAUUAGUGCUCUACAAGCCAUCGAAGAAGGUGAAGAAAUGAAGAAUACACAGCAGCAACAGCAACCCAUAUUAUUAUUAUUAUUAUUGUACCAUUAAGAUUGGCAUAGGGUUGAUCAUCCACCUGUUAAAAGAUUUCAUUUUUAACAUACCCAAUAUGAAACUGGGCAGAAUCAGUAAUGUAUGUAAUAUGUAUUAUAAUCCAAAUUUACUGAAAACAAA